AUGAUCAGCCGCCUUACGUCCCGUGCCAUUCACGGCCCGCAGCGUUUCCGUAGCGUACGCUUUCCCCUUGCCGGUUGGCGCUCUGCCAGCCAAUCAUCGGCGUAUCCGGACCAGCCAGCCAAUGGCUGCCCGCCUCCGCGCGCCUGGCCCGCGACCGUAGCGGCUGUGCGCCUUGCUGCACGCGGGAAACGGAGAGGGAUUGGCGCAAGCAGAGGCCAAUGGGCGGUGCGCGCGAGGAGCGGGGCCAAUGAGAAUCUCAGGGGCGGGGCCGGCGCCGCGGCGGGCGGCUGUGAGGAGCGGCCGGUGCUGCUGGCCGACGUGGACACGCUGCUGUUCGACUGCGAUGGCGUGCUGUGGCGCGGCGAGACGGCCGUGCCGGGCGCGCCGGAGACCCUGCGGGCGCUGCGGGCCCGCGGCAAGCGACUGGGCUUCAUCACCAACAACAGCAGCAAGACUCGCACGGCCUACGCCGAGAAGCUAAGGCGCUUGGGUUUCGGCGGCCCGGCGGGGCCCGACGCGGGCCUCGAGGUCUUCGGCACGGCCUACUGCAGCGCGCUCUAUCUGCGCCAGCGCCUGGCCGGCGUGCCGGACCCCAAGGCCUACGUGCUGGGCAGCCCGGCCUUAGCGGCCGAGUUGGAGGCCGUGGGUGUCUCCAGCGUGGGUGUGGGCCCGGAGGCGUUGCAGGGCGAAAGCCCGAGCGACUGGCUGGCCGUACCGCUCGAUCCCGACGUGCGUGCGGUAGUGGUGGGCUUCGACCCACACUUCAGCUACAUGAAACUCACCAAGGCCGUGCGGUACCUGCAGCAGCCCGACUGUCUGCUCGUGGGCACCAACAUGGACAACCGGCUCCCGCUGGAGAACGGCCGUUUCAUUGCGGGUACCGGCUGUCUGGUGCGAGCCGUGGAGAUGGCCGCCCAGCGCCAGGCUGACAUCAUCGGGAAGCCUAGCCGCUUCAUCUUCGACUGCGUGUCCCAGGAGUAUGGGAUCAACCCAGAGCGCACCGUCAUGGUGGGAGACCGCCUGGACACAGACAUCCUCCUGGGCGCCACCUGUAGCCUGAAGACUAUCCUGACCCUCACCGGAGUCUCCACGCUUGAGGAUGUGAAGAUUAAUCAGGAAAGUGACUGCAUGAACAAGAAGAAAAUGGUCCCUGACUUUUAUGUUGACAGCAUAGCCGACCUCUUGCCUGCCCUUCAAGGUUAAAGAUCUAGUGUCUUUAAUCUCUGGAAUAAAAAAAAAUUAAAAUCA